GACGUAACCAUCACAGGACGUAAACUUUAGCAGUAGCAUGUAGCAUGUAGCUGUAACGCACAGGAAACGAGCUUUUCAUAGGCAUUUUAUUCAAUCAACGAUAUUGAUGUUGGCAUGCUGCUGUAGACAGAAUUAUUACGCGGAGUCUCGAGGAAUGGUCUGAAUGCUGCAGUAAACAUGCACAGCCGUUUGCAGGAGCUGAAGAAGGAAGAGGAGACCCUCCUCAAAAUCAAAGUCAUGCUGCAAGACCAGCUGAACCGCUUGAAAUUUGAAGAAGGGGCCUUGAAGUCUAUAAUCAAUGCUCAAACAGAAGAAGGAGGCUCCCACAAAUUGUCCUCAGAAACUGAGGUUCACAUUAAUCUUGAUGAUGAGGGCGAGAUUAAUCGAACCAAACUCCUACUGAAUGCUGCUGUAGAUUACGAUAUGGAAGAAGAGGAGGAGGAUGAGGAUGAAGAGGAUGACGAUGAUGAAGACGAAGAUGAAAACGAGCUUGGAUUUGUGCCUGAGGACGAUGAGGAGGAAGAUGAUUACUGAGAAUUGUGGGUUUUCUGUUUUUUGCGCCACUGAAAAAGUACUCCAUGUAAACAGACACUCGUUAGUUUGUAUUAUCCGUUGAUAAGUUUAAUUUAUUUGAACGGAGUAACAGUUACAGUGUAAUGGUGUUUGGUGCUAGCAGUACCCUCUCUUUGCCUGAAGUGAUGCAUGUCAUCUGCAUUUCUCACCAAGUUAGUUGUGUCAAAUCUUGUGGGAGAUACUCACUGAUAUGCAGUAAGGCAGUUAUUAGGUGCCUUUUAAGGUAGCUUCCUAAAGUCGUUGUGCAUUUUGAGAAUAUAAAGGAGAGCAACAGUUCACAUGAGAAUCAAAAGUGUUGUGUUUUAUUAAAAAUGUAUGGCUGGGCCAUGUGACUAGUGAAUAUGUAGGCAUUAUGUAAGAAAUCAAAAGCACAAAAUAAAUGUUUUGCAUAUGA